CGAUCGAUCCUGUUGCAUGAUGGAGGGCGGUGUGCAGCCCACGCCUAGGUGCCGACAUUCCUCGUGAUGCAAGAUCGAUGUUGUGCCAUCUCGAGUCUAUGAAAUGGCGGAAACCCGCAGACAGUCUUUCGAACUGCACGGACUGCUUCGGUCUCGCAACAAAUCUCGAUCUCAAAUGGAAUCUCAAAGUCGUCUGUGCUCGGAUCCGCGGCCUGUUGCAUCUUCGACCAGAGUGAAGAAGAAGAAGUCGUCUCGUCAGCAAUUGUCGUGCAAUAAAUGCAGGGAACGGAAAGUCCGGUGCGACAGAACACAGCCUUGUUCGGCGUGCUGUGCUCGAGGUCAUCCUCGGGAUUGCGUAUUCGAAUGUGAAGGAGAAUUCAUGCCCAUCUCGCAAGGCGAUGAGAUCCGGCGGCUUCGGAAAGAGAGUGAGAAACUCAAAGCCAUCAUUCGACAGGCAAACUUGCCAUUACCGGGAGGGAAACGAAUGUCCGACAAGUCUCUGAGCUCGAGCAAUACCUAUGGAAUAUUUGAGCAGACUUCCUUUCCUCAACACAAACCCCGGGCCGUCGAACGAAUCGAUAAUCUGUACUUCGGAAGCCCUAGUAUUGCUAUAAUCGUCGCCGAUUACGCAAAACAUCAAGCCGGUGAAUCAUUGACUCACACUACACCGCGCGGACGGGACGCAUUCGCGCCAUCCGAUGGCGCUACAGCCUACCCAUUUCCAAUCUUGGAAGAAAGCUCGGCUUCAGAAAUGACCGUACGGUUGCUAAAGGAUCACGACCUAGUGUAUAAAUAUCUAGCCACCUUCCAGACUCACGCUCAUUCCUGCUAUUUCCCAAAUCUGCCCAACGACAGCUCGCGCUCCGAGUUCCAACGCUUCCUGGCUGAUGCAGAGGCUAACGCUAUCAAGCAUCCGGAUAUGCUCGCUGUCAUCUUCGCCACGAUGGCUGUGGGCCUUCAGGUAGGCGUCUGGAGUGAGUGCGGCGGACAGUGGAAUUCCGCAUCUGUGUACAAGGCUAGAAUGUGUGGUGACGUUUACAUGGCCGCGGCAAUGCAAGCGCUACGCCUCGGCUCAUUCAUGAACACACCAACAUUGCUUGCCGUACAAGCUCUUGUUAUCAUCGGUCCUUACUUGAUCAACAGCGGUCGUCUACUGGACGCAUGGACGCUAUUCGGCACCACUAUUAGAGUAGCGCAAUCGAUCGGGCUACAUCGUGAUCCACAAAUACUAGAUCCGAUUCCCGACCCUGAGGAAUGUAUGAUCAGAAAAUCAACGUGGUGGUGGAUGCUCCACAUGGAUCAGCAAUAUUCUGCGACUCUCGGUCGACCUCUUGGGAUAUCUGGCAUCGGCGACUGUCCUUCACCAGAUACCAUGGUCGCUAGUCCCGUGGAGCUGAGACUUGGUGAGUUCACUCACCAUUUCACUAUCCUGGCGCGGCAGAUCCUAUCGAGCGAUGGUCUUAUCAGCACUUCAAAGAUCGACGACUUCACAGACAAGCUCCUUACUUUAUGGGAUACGAUGCCAGAAGUGCUACGAUUCCAUCCCUUCUGGCUGAGACAAGGGGCUGUUCUACCAGAUUGGCCGCUGGGUAUUGUAUCCGUUACUCUUUUUGUUAAAGUUCAAUCCUUCCUGUGCCUUCUCAAUCGAAAGCGAGUGGAGAGAUCGCAAGCAGGGAACAGCGAGACUUAUUCUCACGUACACAAGACGAAAAGAGAAGCGUACGCAGAGGCGCCUGCGAAUCCUCGUGCAAAGAGCUUGUGUCAAGACCUGCCGUUCGGGCAUCACUCCCAGCGAGGACGGACUCUGGUCAUCGAAGCCUCAACCAGUAUUCUGUUAUCGUUCAUAUUCCUCCAUCGCCACUAUCCUGCUGCCAUCUUCUGCUGGACAAUGUGCCAACAAGCCUUCAAUGCAUGCAUGAUCCUGCUGCUGGAUGCAAACGAAUUUGGUAUCUUGGGUCAUGAACAGAUAAUUCUCGAGGUCCAAGGAGUGUUUCUUGGUUUACAACAUCACAAAGUUCAUCGAAUUGCAGAACUAGCUUCUAUGCGCAUCAGCCAGGGACUUCAACACAUCGCCGCUAUCAAAUCUCAACUGGGACUUCAAGAAAACGAGGCUUUUCCAGGACAAUACCUGUCAGUCAACAUAGCACAUGAGAUGCCUGCGCCCGCCUUUAGUGAGCCGGUCAUGAAUGCUCAUGCCAGCAUGAUUCUUCUUGAAGAUCUCGGUUCUCAAUCAUAUGCGCCCGCUGCCUUUCGACCUCUCAAUUGGACAAGAUCCGAGAAUAAAUACAACUUGCAGAGCUCAGCUUCCACCGCAGACUUUCCUGGUGCUCUACCAAUGGCGAAUCUCGCAAUGGAUCUGGAUCCGUCGCUGGCUGCGACAGCGGCAAUGUCCAUGACUGACGUCCGGCCCGAUGCAAGAUCAAGUCUAGAAGGCGCAGCGGUACCAUCAUACAUGACUGAUCGGGGAUACCCCAUCCCUUCCCGAAAUGAGACGGUAGCAAUGAUGGGCAACAUUGUCCAAACACAGGUGAAAGCUGCUCGUUCAAAAUGCAGCAAUGGAAUUGUUUGGGACUGUACAGGUUUUCAAGACAUGCAGUGAUAGAACAUAUGAUUGUAACAAGUAAAGCAUGCCUGCCUCUCGCAAUGAAACUUCCUUCGCAGCAUUCUUGCACACGCUGCCAUGACCUACGAUACAGCAAGGGAAUGAUUGCA